AUGUGGACUGCAGUGACGCUAUUGAUAUUCUUGGUCAUGAGUGAGAUGCCCUUGUAUGGAAUUGUGUCUUCAGAUAGUAGUGACCCUUUACUAUGGCUACGUAUGAUGUUGGCCAGUAACCGUGGUACAUUGAUGGAGCUGGGUAUUACUCCUAUUGUUUCUGCCGGAAUGGUUUUUCAACUGCUAGGUGGUACACAUUUGAUUGAAGUCAACAUGGAAGACAAAGCCGACCGUGAAUUAUUCCAAACUGCUCAAAAGCUUUUGGCUAUUAUUUUGUCUCUUGGUCAAGCUACCGUCUAUGUGCUGACUGGUAUGUACGGUGUUCCUUCUAGUUUGGGAACUGGUGUCUGUUUGCUUUUGAUUCUUCAGCUCGUCUUUGCUGGCUUGAUUGUCAUCUUACUUGACGAGUUGUUGCAAAAGGGAUACGGUUUGGGUAGCGGUAUCUCAUUGUUCAUUGCUACCAACAUCUGUGAGCAAGUUCUUUGGAAGGCUUUCUCUCCAAACACAGUUAACAGUGGUAGAGGUUUCGAGUUCGAGGGCGCUGUUAUCUCACUUGUCCAUCUUCUGGUCACUAGAAAGGAUAAAAAGAGAGCUCUGAUCGAGGCUUUUUACCGUAGUAACUUGCCCAACAUGUUCCAAUUGUUGACCACUCUUGGUGUCUUUUUGGUUGUUGUCUACUUGCAAGGAUUUAGAGUCGAUAUCCCCGUCAAGAGUACCAAGGCUAGAGGUCCCUAUGGAGUCUACCCUAUCCGUCUUUUCUACACCAGUAACUUGCCAAUUAUGCUUCAGUCAACUUUGACCAGUAAUGUUUUCAUUAUUUCUCAAAUGAUUUUCUCUCGUUACCCUGAAUCUCUUCUUUCUCAAUUGAUUGGUGUUUGGGAACCUCGUCCUGGUAGUGCCCAAUUGUAUGCUGUUUCAGGUUUGGCUUAUUACAUGCAACCUCCUUUCAGCUGGACCGAAGCCCUUCUUGAUCCUAUCAAGACGGUCAUUUAUGUAACUUUUGUUCUCUCUGCUUGUGCUGUCUUUUCCAAGACUUGGAUUGAGAUUUCCGGUACCAGUCCCCGUGACGUUGCCAAACAAUUCAAAGACCAGGGAUUGGUAAUUGCUGGUCGUAGAGAAACCUCAGUCUACAAGGAACUUAAGCGCAUCAUUCCCACCGCCGCCGCCCUCGGCGGAGCGACUAUCGGUGCUUUGUCCGUUGUCAGUGAUCUUCUGGGAACUCUUGGCAGUGGUACUGGUAUUCUUCUUGCUGUAACAACUAUUUAUGGCUAUUUUGAAGCUGCGGCUAAAGAGGGCGCUAUCAAAUUUUAA